AUGAUUUCUUACGUGCAAGCUUGCUCAAUUCACAGCUUUGUCAUUCUACUCCACCAAACUUACAAACACUACCUGAACGCCGGCUGCAGUGUGCUAACCACAUGCACGCGUCAAGCGAACGUUCAGGCUCUCCAGGAGCACUUCUGCAUCGAAGUUCCCGAAGCGGAAGAGCUGAUCGCUACCAGCAUGAGCCUACCCCAGAAGACUGCGCAAGAGAAGCGCGCGGACAACCCGACAUCCGCAUUUGCAGGCUCCGUGGGCUCUUACGGCGCAUACCCGUACGACAGCUCUGAGUACACCGGUAGCUACGCAAUUACGAUGUCCGUCAAAGAGCUGUGCGACUGGCAUCGCCUCAAAGUUCAACAUCUUGUUCGGUUGGGCUGUGAUCUGCUCGCCUUUGAGACCAUCUCGGCGCUCCAGGAAGCGCUGGCUCUACUGCAGCUUCUGAGGGAGCAUCCAGGCACCAAGGGUUGGCUUAGCUUCGGCUGUCAAGACGAGAAACUGACCGCUAAAGGGGAGUGCUUGCAGAAGGCCAUCCAGGCUGUCCUCGGUAAGGACAGUGGAUCCCAGAUCUGUGCCAUCAGGGUCAACUGCUGUCGGCCCGAUAUGGUGGGCUUGCUUCUGAAGGAUGCUCGGAAGGAGGGACAAUCGCCCCUUGUAGCUUACGCUGAUGCCGAGGUUGCGUCUUGGACGCUGGUUCCGAAAGACUCCGACCAACUGGGGAACUAUGUUGCAGAGUGGUACAGAGCGGGGGUGAGGUAUUUUGGUGGGUGUUGCUUUACGGGGACAGCCCAUAUUACUGCAAUCGUGCAGGCCCUCACAGGCCAUGAACAUCUAAAUUUGUUUGUGUCAUCAACCAACAAUCUGCAAGCUUUGCUGGGUGUUAUCCAACAGCAUGUUUUAUAUAGUUAUCUGUACAUGUGCGCCUACAUUGUGUCUUUGACAGCCAGGACACGAACCAUAUGGGAACAGUUCUGUAUGUAUUUAUUUAAGAGCAUGCAUCUCAUGCAGAUGAAAUAA